AUGUGUUUAAACUCUCCAGUGCUGUUGCGGCAGGGUCUCGUAUUGGCAGCAAGUUGUUUUAAUUCUUUUGGAGCUGGGAUCUCUUUGUCUCAUGUGGGCGUAGUCAAUGCGGCUAUAUUAUCUCCAAAUGCUACUGGAAUCAGAGCUACAGUAGACCAAGCUUCAUGGAUAGCAUCUAUUAAAGGAUUUUCUGGAUUAAUUGGCUUCUUCAUCUUCUCUCCAUUAUUUCAAAUUAUCGGCAGGAAGCCGGUCAAUAUAUUAUUUGACGUCGUUAUUAUUUUAGGUUGGGUUUUAUUAUACUACAGCCAGAGUAUAUCAAUGAUGAUGUUUGCUAAAAGUAUACAAGGACUUGCUAUUGGUGGAUUUAUCAUAACUGCGGUCACGACUAGUGAGUUUACCCAUCGCAAGAGUAGAGGAUUGUUUUUAACUAUGAACAAAGUUGCAUUAUCAUGCGGUUCAUUGAUGUGCCAUUCUCUCGCUCUCGUUUGUGAUUGGAGAGCUAUAGGAGUUAUCGCCUGUUUACCUGCUUUAUUUAAUCUGAUAAUAUUCUGCAUUUGUCCGGAGAGUCCUGCAUUUUAUGCGUUGAAAGGGAGAUUUCAAGAUUGUGAAAAAUCAUUCAUUUGGUUCCACGGUGAUUCUGAAGAUAGUAGACAGGAAAUGAAAUUAUUAAUCAUAGCUCAAAUGGAAAGAAUCAAAAAUAAAGAUGAAAAUGAAUUCUUGUUAGCGAAAUUGUUGAAGAAAUUCUUUCGAAGAGAUUUUCUGAUACCUUUCUUUAUAGCUACUCUUGCGACAUUCGCUGUGGAUGCUAGUGGGAGAUAUUUCCUACUUGGAUACAUCACUCAAAUUAUGAUUGAAUUAACUGGAGAUAAAUAUAUUGGAAUAUAUUGUUCGAUGAUAUUUGAUUGUUUAAUGAUUGGAACGUUAUUUAUAUCGACUAUCGUAAUAAGGACAUUUAAAAGGAGAACUGUACUACUUAGAUUUGGAGCUGCGUCUGUGAUUUUAAUGUUUGCGGUAUGUUUAUCUGAAGUUAUGAAGAAUUAUGUUAGUUCAAAAUUUAAAUGGGUUACUACAGUAACUAUAUUGUUACAUAGUAGUGUAUCUACUAUUGGUUUGAUACCUGCUGCGUUUACAGUAACUAUGGAAAUAUUUCCCUUAGACCAUAGAGGUAUGGGUUCAUUAACAGCGGGUGUUGCUUUUACAUUAUUUUACGCAAUCACUAUGAAAAUAACACCCUUGAUGAUGGAUAAAAUUGGACUGAGUGGUACAUAUUUAGCUUUCGGUGUUUGUGUUGCAUUUUGUUUGACGAUAUUAUAUUUUAUACUUCCCGAAACAAAAGAUAAGAGUUUACAAGAAAUAGAAGAUGAGAUAAGAGGAAUUAAUAGGUCUCCUGCUGAGAUUGAAUUGAUGAUUUCGGGGGAUGAAGAAAAUCGUAAAGUUAUUGAGUAA